AUGGCCCCUGAUCCGAGCUCGACUCGGCGGAGGAACCGCGGCUUCCUGGGCUCCGACAGCUCGGCGCUGCCCGCCCAAGACCUCCAGGACCGCCAUCAACUGCGCUACGAACUCGACUUGAACUCAUGGAACCUGCGUAUUUGGGGGGUGGCCGCUUCGGGGUUCCUGACAGAUUCUUAUAACCUCUUCUCUACCAACGUCAUCCUUGCUUCUGUCGCCUUUGUGUACUAUCCCGAUGGCCGCCAAUGGCCCAGUCUCCUCAUCAACCUCUUCACACUUCUCGGAUCCGUCCUCGGACAGCUCCUCUUUGGUUUCCUCGCGGAUUGGUUCGGGCGAACCCGAUUAUACGGCAUUGAGCUUGUGCUCGUCAUCGUGUCGACCAUCGGCGUCGCCACAAGUAGCCAUGGCUACGGAGACUUGGAAUUUCUCGGCUUGUUCAUUUGGUGGCGAUUUGUUAUGGGAGUGGGAAUCGGCGCCGAAUACCCUCUGAGCGCCGUCAUCACCUCCGAAUGGUCCAGCACUCAGUCUAGAGCCACGAUGCUCUCGAGCGUAUUCCUCAUGCAGCCCAUCGGACAGGCCCUUGCCCAGCUGGUGGGCCUCUGGGUCUUGCUUGGCUUCGACAGCACCAAGAAGCUUCAGACGCUGCAUUGCGGUCUGGACGAACUACACGCAGAGGAAUGCAGGAAGGCUGUUGACGGAAUUUGGCGCAUCGUCAUCGGUUCCGGCGCGGUACCUGCUCUUCUGGCCAUCAUCUUCCGCUUCUUUCUGUUCGACUGCGGUCUUUACAGCCUCGAAGUGCGCAACAAGCCGUCUCUCGCUAUCCAAAAUACACAGCGGGUAUAUGGCGCCCCUUCGGGUGGGUUUGCCAACUCGUUUCAGAUGCAGGCCCAGUCCAACGGCGUUCACCCCGAGAUAUCUCCUCGGCCUAUGCCAGUUCAGUUCUCGAAGCUGGACCUAUACAACUACUUCAUACGCGACAGGAACUGGUACUAUCUGCUCGGAACUGCAGCCACAUGGUUCUUCCUUGACGUCAGUUUCUACGGCUUGUCUUUGGACAACCGACGGACCUUGUCGGACAUGUGGGCAACGGCGGACCCCACUCCCAUCGACGACCGGCUCGAGUGUUGGAACUCGACAUUACCAGGUGGCAGGUCCCUGGUUCCGUCUUGGCAAAAGACGGGCCUGCCUAUCUGGCAGACGGAUGCAUUGCACCCGUGCAACACUAUCUAUGACGUUUUGGUCGAGCAGACGAAGCAGUAUCUUCUGACUGUCUCCCUUGCAUCGAUUGCUGGAAGCGUCUGUUUCAUCUUCUUCGCCAACCGCAUUCCCCGCCGACAGUGGCUCACAGCGUCUUUUCUUGUCCUGGCCCUCUUCUUCGUCAUCACCGGCGCCGUGUACUACAAGGUCAAUCGGUCAGCAGCCGCCCCAGCAACCAUUGUCAUGGUGUCGCUGUGUCACUUCAUGUUCAACUUUGGAGCAAACACGCUGACCUUCAUCAUCCCGGCCGAGAUCUUCCCAACUUGCUACCGAUGCACCUGCCACGGCAUCUCCGCUGCGGCCGGCAAGCUGGGGAGCAUUGUCGCCGUCAUCGUCGUCUAUGGCAUCAACUCCGCAUACAAGAGCCAGACACGCCAGGGCCUCAUCUUCCUUCUCUUUGGCUCUGUCGCCGCGUUCGGCGCCAUAUUCUCGUGGGCCUAUUUGCCAGAUGUGCAACGUCGUGUAGUAGAGGAGGACGGCCGAUCGUUUCUGGAGACCAAGGACCUUGAAGAGCUAGGCGAAGGACGCGAACGCGCCCGCCUCGGGGGGGAAGCAGUAACGUUUCGAGAGAAAUGGGACGGAUUAAGGAGAAGAAGGGAGUCGUCGCGGCGAACAACGCCUAGCCCUUCGCACGACGAGACGACGCCGUGA